AUGAAUCGUUGGUUUAAAAGACAUAACAGCACAAGCAACAUGAGUCGGGUAAUCGAGAAUGCAGACCGCGAGGACAUUAGAAUUGAAGGGGAUUACGAUGGUACCAUUGAAUUAGACCAAUGGUUCAAUCCAAAGGCAGAACAUAGCGUUUUAUUAAUUCUCAAUCAGAAGAUCGAGUUAGACCAUUCGGUGUUUGAAAAGUUGUGGAAUCGAUAUUCAGUGAAGGUGUGUGCUGAUGGUGGUGCCAAUAGGCUGUACGACUAUUUUUGUGGCGACAAUGGGGAGCGAUACAUGCCUGAUGUGAUUGCUGGUGAUAUGGAUUCGAUUAGGGAAGAGGUACGAUUGUUCUAUGAGACUCAUGGGAAGACAGUAGUCAUAGAACAAAAGACGCAAUAUUCUACGGAUUUCAGCAAGAGUAUCAAUGCAGCUACACUAGUACUACUUGGGGUUGAUUUAAAUGCUGUUGAAAUUGGGGGAUACGAUGGGGUGCACAAGUUGUAUGAGCAAGCAGAUAAGAGUAAGUUGACCAGUGUGCCGUUAUUAAUUUUGAAUGGGAUCGACGGACGGUUUGACCAGACGAUCCACUCGAUGGUGCAGUUCUAUUCAUUGCAGAAACACGAUCCGUAUUACAAGGUAUGUUUCUUGACGACUAGUGAUAUGAUCAUUCUAAUACCGUCUUCAGAGAAGGGGUACUGGAUCAAGGUGAAUAAGAUGCGGCCGAUGAUUGGUAAUUGUGGGUUGUUGCCGUUGGCUGGGCCUACGAACAUCAAGAGGACUCGUGGAUUGAAGUGGGAUGUAGAGAAUUGGUGUUCUAGCAUUGCGGAGGGCCAAGUGAGCAGCAGCAAUAGGUUUGUUGGCGACAGUUGUUGUAUUGCGUGCGACGUUCCCAUAGUGAUGAACAUUGAGUUGAGAUGGAACAAAAUCAUUGUAGAGUUGUGA